CGCGCCUUCCUCGAGAAGUGCCAGCACCUCGAGGCGGUCCUCGACCAGACGCCCGUCGGCCGGGAGCGCUGGUCCGCCAAGGAGCCCUCCUCGCGCGCGUCUGGCGGCUCUUGCGGGCCAGGCACGCCGCGCCACCCAGGCACGCCGGCAUCGCUGGCGUCGCUGUCGCUCGGGCCGCCCUCGUCGGGCGCCGCGGACAGGUCUGGCGGCGGCGUGCCUUCGCCAAAGCCGGCUCGGCUCAAGGCGACGCCGCUCGGCGACGGCCGCGAGGGCGACGCGGCGGCGGCGGCGGCGGAGAUUGAGGCGAAGCUAGCGGAGCGCGAGUUCUACGAGGCGUAUCGGAUGCUCGGGCGGCUGCAGACGUACGUCUGGAUCAACACGAAGGGGUUCCAGAAGAUCAUGAAGAAGUAUGACAAGCGGAUGGAGCUGCGCGGCACAGCGCAGGAGCUCGGCCCAGAGUUUGAGGCGCGGCUCGAGAAGGAGGCCUUCUGCUCCGGCAAGAUGAGCAUCCUAGCAGAGAUGUUCAAGUCGCGCCGGCCCGGCGGAGUGUCGUCGAGCGGGAUCGCAGCCGCAGGCAGCCGGCCGCAGCUGCAGCUCAUCACGGGCAACGCAAACAGCGAGCUCUCCAGCGAGAUUGCGGCGAGACUUGGGGUGCCUCUCACGCCGGCCAAGAUCGCGCGCUUCCCGGACGGCGAGGUGUCGAUUCAGAUUCUGGAGAACGUGCGCAACUCGGACGUGUACAUCAUACAGCCAACCUGCCCUCCGGUGAACGACAACCUGAUGGAGCUGCUGCUGUGCGCGUCGGCGGUGCGGCGCGCCGCCGCGGCGCGCGUGACGGCCGUGGUGCCGUACUACGGCUACGCAAGGCAAGACCGCAAGGAGCGGUCGCGAGUGCCCAUCUCCGCGGCGGACGUUGCGAAGAUGAUGGAGGCGAUGGGGGUGGACCGGGUGUGCUGCGUCGACCUGCACUGCGGCCAGAUCCAGGGGUUCUUCGGCCCGCGCACGCCGGUGGACAACCUCUGGGCCACGCCGAUCGCGGUGUCCUACUUCAAGACGCGCGAGCUCAACAACGUGGCCGUGGUCUCGCCGGACGCAGGCGGCGUCGCGAGAGCAAAGAUGUUUCGCGAGGGCCUCGAGGCGCAGGGGAUGCGAGCCUCGCUAGCGAUGAUCAUCACGCAGCGAAGGUCGACGGGCGAGCUCGGCUCGGAGAUCGCGCAGGCGGACCUCGUCGGCACCGUCACCGGCUGCGACUGCAUCAUCGUCGACGACAUGAUCGACACGGCGGGCACUCUCUUCAUGGCGACGAACGCGCUCAAGUCGUUCGGCGCGUCGCGCGUCUUCGCCUUCGCCACCCACGGCCUCUUCAACCCGCCCGCCGCCGACCGCAUCGAGGAGUGCGCCAUCGAGGAGGUGAUCGUCGCGAACACCAUCCCGCUGCCGCCGUCGGUGAACCGCGAGGCGAGGAAGGUGCGCCAGAUCAGCGUGGGCAAGCUCCUCGCGCAGGCCGUCAAGUGCCUCCACACGGGCGACUCUAUUCUAUCGCUCGAUGUUGUCACGUCCUGUGAUCAGGCCAUCAAGUGCAUCCACACGGGCGACUCGGUACAGCGGCUCUUCGACAUGGACGAGGGAGUCAACCUGCUGGCAUGA